AUGGCUCCUCUUGCCACUUUCUUCGCUCUUUUACCGUUAUUUAAACUUAUACACGCGGCUACGGUGUCCUACGACGGGCGUCCUACUGACCUCACUUGGGGACCAUGUGCAGAUGGCAGAACUGAAGGCGUUGAAUGCGCUACUGCUCAAGUUCCUCUUGAUUGGCUUGAUUUGAGCAAAGGCACAAUCACGCUCUCUGUGAUUCGUCUACCCGCCAAGACAUCUCCUCGCGAAGGAUACAUGUUUUACAAUUUUGGUGGACCUGCAGUUUCUGGUGUCACUACCGUCGAGAUGACUGGUGCCAACCUCCAAGCUCAGUUAGGAGCUGGAUAUGAUAUCGUCAGCUGGGACGUUCGUGGUGUCGGAGGCUCUGGACCCACUCUGAAGUUAUUCACUGGCGACGAUGACUACAUUGCAUUUUGGAACCGGCUUCAGGGACAUGGGACCAUAGCUGAUCGCGGAAACCUUACUCAACGCGCAGAUGUAGAUUUCUUCGUCGGUACCUGUGCAACCGUACGCGAUCUCGUCUAUCUUGUCGACACGAUGUACGGCAAAGGAGCGGAUGUAAAUUACUUUGGGACCAGCUAUGGAACAGUUUUGGGAACGUAUCUUACCCAGAUGUUUCCAAAUCGUGUGGGCAAAGUCAUCCUUGACGGUGUCUUUGACCCUUAUAAACACUCGAAUCUGCCUCCAAUCGCAUGGAUCGAUACCGACUCUCAGACUCUCGAUGUGGCAAUGAAGAUGUGGGCAGAGGCUUGUGCAGCAUACCCCGAAUCUUGCCCUACGGCCAGUUUGAAGGCGAACGCAACUUCGGCAGAUAUUCUCAACAUUGUCAACAAGAUGCUUGACACGGCAUACAGAAACUAUGAUGGCUUUGCCUGGAAUAUUGUCUCAAGCAUAACCAUCCCAAAUCCAGUUGUGGCGAGCCACUGGUCUUGGGAAUAUCUUGCGCAGCAGGUUACCUUUUUCGCGUAUGGAGGGGAAGCUUGGGAUUGGGUGGACAUACCCCAAUUCGUCAACGCACAAAACAAUAAUACCCAUUCCACAAUCAUACCCAGAUCUAAUCCAGUCUUCCACCGUGCGAUGCGGCCAUCCUACACUAACUAUGUCCCCACAGAUUUUCUUGACCAUGUCUCAAUCGCGAUUUACUGUGGCGAUGCUGUUGACCCCAAGGGGGAGACGACAAAGGAUCUCUUCAAAGGCCUCGUCAGAGCAUCACAAUCUCACUCUACGCUGGCUGCUGCCUUGAUGGGGACGUACCAGCGCCUGCAUUGUCAUCGUUGGAAAGCCAGAGCAGUCGAGCGGCUACCCGGUCGCAUGGAGAAAAAGCCUAAAAAUGUGGUGCUCAUUAUGGGUAACACAGGCGAUCCGAUCACACCAUUUAGUAGUUCGAAGCGCUUGGCUUCCGCAGAAUUCUUUGGCAACAAGGCUCGGCUUGUGAAGUUCAAAGCACUAGGACAUGGAACGUCUUCCUUUCCUUCUCGGUGUAUCGAUAAUGUCGUCCAAAAGUUUAUUCGAGGGCAGCCGCCCAAGGAUGCUAAGAACGACGAGGCGGACGUCGUGUGCACCGUUGAUUCCACACCCUACGGCCCUCCUCCUGCGACUUGGAAUAAGCCAUAG